UGCGGCAACCCAAAACAGCAACAAAAACAUUGAGCCGAGUCUCUGCCCAAUAAACACUUCUGUGUGUUGCUGCUGUUGAUGCACACGAAAUUUUUAUUUAUAAAGUAACUAUUGGUGGUGGUGGUGCAGGAACACCGACAAGGUAGCUGCCUGUGGUGUUGCAGGUUGCGGGGAGCUUUUGGACGGACGAAUGCAGCGGGUCUAGCUGGCUGGAGGAGUAUCGAUAUCCGAUAGCAGUGACGUUGCUAGCAAGUCUGGUCAAAACAAGUGCGUCGUGUUAUUUUUUAUCGAUCUGUACUCUCAAUAGCUGAUGGGUGCGAUGAAGUCUGAAUAGCUAUCAUUACGAUAGAAGUACGUCAUUGGAGGGUCGAGUGAAAAAUCAUUUAGCAUUGGGUGAAUGUAGUGGAAGUCAGAAUGUUGGAGGAGGCUAAUCAAAAAGAUGAAGAGCAAGUUCAAAAGCAAAAGGAAAUCCAGAAUCUGAUACGGAACACGCAGUUCAACGGAACCAUCCGGUACUCGGACACUUUUCUCGCAAACAACUACAACAAGUUGCAGAUGCAGCUGAACUCGCGAUAUAUCUCUCAGAUCUGCUGCCCGCGUCGAGUCCGCGGUUCACUGCCACAUGUCCGGAUGCGGCCGUACUAUAUUCCUCAGCGGUCACGAACCAAGAGUGAGAGCUCAGACCCAUCAAGUAUGGUGUUCCUGGAGACUAUACGAACGGUGGACGCCAUCCAGAGUGCAACCGUUCCCAACGCAGCGUCCACAACUCUGAUGGAAACCAGUGACCCGUCUACCUCGCAGAUGGAUACCUCGGCGGUGAUACCUCGAUGCAAUACUUUGGUCAAGUCCAAGUCGCUGGAAGAUUUGGUGCGAGCAAUCAAGUCCAUCGAUGGAUCGCUUCCGUCCCACGAGAUGGAGUUUAUGUCUAGUCGCAUACAGAAGCUGAAGGUUCAGGAGUAGUACCACUACCGGGAAAAGGGGGGCCACAACGAAUUAAUUAUUCAUGUCUAUUUUACUCACCGACGCGCACUGGGCUCACCUCAUGGCAGUUCUACGGAAUUUUAACCUUACAUUAUAAUUAGCCAAUAUUAUUAAAGUACUCGCCGUGCAAGAACAUUUUUGUAGGACUGAUUGGGCACGCAACAAAAAGGUUUAGGGGAAGAAACACUUCAAUGGUAGCAAAAUUCAGCAAUAAGAGCAGCUUCGGCCGUUACUUAGAGAUUGACACGCGUAGCAUUAUUUAUUUCAACUAAAUGUUUUCAGUAUCAAUAAAUAUUUGAAAGAGCAAA